UACUCUUUUAAUUAAUUUCAAACUAUAAAAUUGAGAAGAUGAAAUGGAAUCGUCUAUGCAACCCAAGGAAAUUGAUCAUAUAUGCCGCACAUGUGGUUUCGUACGAGCGAAACCUGGCCGCUAUUCCUUACAUGACUUUAUACCUUUGAAUACGGGCCCGCCAAAAACUUACGGGGAAUUUCUAACUUGCUAUGGGGAAAAUAUUAUGCCUCAACGAUUGUGUAUCAAGUGUGCAAAUUUAUUAAAAAAUGUUUACAUCUUCAUUUUGGAAGCGAGAAAAUUACAUGAAAAAUAUUCAAGUCAACAAUGGUAUUUAGAAAAUGUUCUGAAGAAUCAAGAUUGUUUACAAGAAAUACCAAUCGAUUUCCCAAAAGGAUCACAAAUAAUAGUAGACAUGAAGACAGAGCCGCAGCCCUCUACAAAUCUGCUAAAUUCUGAAUACGGAGAAACCGGAGUAAAAGUUGAAGAGUCGAAUGCAAAGGUCAAAAAAGGAGAGGAAACUAAAAACACUGAUGAACACUCACUAAGCGACGUGAUUGUAAAAGUUGAACAUAACGGGGAGGCGAAAAGCUCCCGAGUUGUAGGUGAUAAUAUCAAGAAAAAUAUUGUGAAUAAUUCUCAACAAAGUGAUGAUAAUCAAGAAUGCCACUUAGCAAUUGCUGAUGGGGAAGAUACUAAAGAUACUAAAGAAAUUAACGGUAACAAGGGAUCGAUCCAGCGACACUUAGCUAAUAGUUUUAUACAACUUUAAUAGGCGUGCCAUUCGAUUUUACCCUAUUUUGAAAAUUUUUCUGUCACAAUAUUAUAUACGAGUAGCGAGUGACACUUGGCUGGAUACUAAUGCGUGGACUCCAUUAACUCUUAACUUUUAACUUUUAGUGCUACCGGAUCACCAUCCCCCUCUUACCGAAACCUAUAGCUUCUUUCAUUGUCUUUUGAUAACAACGUUUUGCUGGACUCACCCACAAGUUCAGGUAAAACUAUAGUGGCGGAAAUACCCAUACAAUAAUAACAAAAGAGCUAAGGUUGUUUAUAUUGCGCCUUUGAAAGCUUUGGUUAAGGAAAGAAUUAGCGAUUGGAUUCUCAACUGAUAGAUACCACACCAAAAAAAUGGGAUGGUAUCAGCCGGUCUUGCUAGACAAGAGAAUAUGUACAGGACGUUGUACUAAUUGUUAUAGACGAAAUACAUUUUGUAAUUGUAUCAUGUACGAAUUUCAUUACGUCAACAUAGGAUGCAAUAUACGUUGGUUUAUCUACUGCUUUUGCCAACGCUCAAGAUCUCGGAAAUUGGCUGGAUAUUAAGGAAAUGGGGUUAUAUAAUUUUAAACCUUCCGUAAGACCGGUUGCUUUGCAAGUGCAUAUAAAUGGAUUUUCCGGCAAACAUUACUGACCACGGAUGGCCACUAUGAAUCGGCCGACAUUCCAAACAAUACGCUCUUAUUCGCCAACGGGACCCACCAUAGUUUUUCUUUCAUCCCGCCGUCAAACUCGAUUAACCGCUUUCGAUUUGAUUACUUAGAGGCAAAUGAGAUAACGAUAGAAAAAAUGAGUUGCUCUAAUAUAUUUCUUCUUUACUCCUUUGCCAGAUACUGGAUUAUUUAAGCUUACGCUUGCGGUAUUCUGCCGUUGCCGUCUGUGCUCUCGGUGAUGUAAAAUACCUUAACAAGCUCAAACGAUACAUUAUCAGUAACCACGAAGAAUCAGAUAAUAAUGAAUUAUAUGAAUACGUACAAUUUGUUAAACGCAGUGUGGAAGCCAAAAGAUGCGAAUCAAAUCUUUUGCGCUUACAUGAUUUACUAAACGCUGCUGCUGAAUUAUUGGCUUCUUCGUUGUUUUAUCUUGUAUAACCUUUGAUAAAUUUUUAGCUGCCAAUCGAACGGAUAAUAGUUGAUAUCAUAUAUACAUCAGACAAACAGCCGGAGUUUUAACUUUUCCUGAAGCUUUCCUGAGCUUAACUUCGAGAAAGCAUUUAAUCUAUCUGAUAUAAGGCAUACAAUUGAUUCGAUACGCUUAAUGCUUAGUCCAUUAACGCCCAUUUUCUGAUUGAAAUUGGUUAAAAAUAUUGUUUUUCUACUCGUUAAUACAAAGACAAAAACUUUCAUACUUGAUAACUGAUCCUGCAACACUUGCACACAAAUUGAAAGUAGUGAUCAGGAGCAAAUGCUGUACAGCACCGAAAUUUGGUUCUUUUACCUAAAUACUUGCAAUAUGCUGAAAGAAACUUCGGAGAACCUAUAAAAUGUGCACGUAUUAUUGAUCAGCACCAGAUUUCGAAUCCAUCUUGCCAUAUUUAUCUGUGGUAUUUUGGGACUAUAUACCAUAAGAAAUCAGUUAUGAGACGUAUCAUGCUCCUUCGUAGUUCCAGUGACAAAAGAAUGUGGGUGUUCUGCCCAUUUUACGAAGCAGGGGGAAAUUGUUCGCGACAAAUUUUUGCUCUCGGCAUGCUUUUUUUUUUGCCUUGGCAAUCUGACACGCUACUACUUGGCAAUAGAACUACUUCAGCUAAAAGCAUAGCAGCUUUUCCUCCUUUGGUCAUUUUCAAAAUACGAAAUGAACCGACGACCAUGUCAUCGAAAUAUUUGAAGAUUUCUAUGAUCAUAGUAUCCUAAUAAAACAGUUGGAAACUUUGUCGAACCUAUAAUUGAUAUUGUUUUUCUUUUUUUCUCUUUUCUUAGAUGAUUGGAAAACGCCGGCAUUGCCUCGUGAUUUAAAUUCGUUUAUGGCAGAUAUGCCACUAAAACCUGAAGUAGAAGCCACUUUAAUUGGUGACGUGGCCGUUGUAUUUAAAGAAUCGCAUGAAUUAAUGGUGGGAGUUAAGAAAUCUGAUAAAGGAUAAAAUACGCAUGAUCUCCAAGUAAAAACAAGAAUCCGUGAUUGCAUUUUAACUGUAAUAAAAUGUAAUUUUUAUAAAGUUGAAAUACAAAGGUGGCGCGGGAUAGCAAUACAAUCAUUCUGCUGCCCCUCAAUUCUCGUUAAGG